CGAUUGGCCACGGUCCCCACCAGCAGGGCGCUCCGCUGAGCAGCGCCUCCUCCUGCUCUCCGCCUGUUUUGGGGGCCCUAGUAGCGCCACGACCACGUACUCGCCCGGUGCCCCGGCCCGGCCACCUGCCGCCGCUAUAGUAUCGGCCGUGUCGAGUUGGUCUCAGAUCCUCUCAAGGAGUCCGAAUGGUUAUUCUUUUCCCACCGCGGAUAGAAUACUGCGAAAGUCAACUGCUGGUCGACACGGGGCCCUGUCACAAAGGAUCGUAUACAGGAAGUAUACCUGAGAUCUCUAAUCACAGUACAGGUUUCAUUGUUUUCGUAUGGAUGAGUCAUUGGUCCAGGUGCUCGUUUUGGAUUCAGAACAGUUUUGCAAAAAAUGGCAGAAGACCACGAGGUUUUGAAGCCAGAUCAUGCACCCAAGGCGCAACCACUUACACAGAACACCUGCAAAACAUAUAGAAGUACAGGGCACUCUCAGGCUCUCCUGAGUGGUCUUGUGGGUCUCCGUGAUGGAGGUAUAUUGUUUGAUGUUGUACUUAAAUUGGAAGGGAAAUCUGUAGAAGCUCAUCGGAUUCUCUUAGCUGCAUCUUGUGAUUAUUUCAGAGGUAUGUUUGCAGGAGGGUUACGAGAAAUGGAUCAACGGGAAGUGCAGAUCCAUGGCAUCACUUACAAUGCUAUGUGCAAAAUCUUGGAUUUCAUAUACACAUCUGAGCUAGAGCUUGGUGUCCACAAUGUGCAGGAGACACUUGCUGCAGCUUGCCAGCUUCAGAUUGCUGAAGUCAUUAAUUACUGCUGUGACUUCCUAAUUUCGUGGGUGGAUGAGGAAAAUGUUGUGGAGGUGUACAAGCUGGCUGAGCUCUUCCACCUGAGUCAUCUUAGUGAGCAACUGGACUCAUUUGUGCUUAAAAAUUUUAUCACAUUCUCACGCACCCAAAUAUAUAGGCAGCUUCCUCUGGAGAAAGUGUAUUCUCUGCUUAGCAGCAACCAAUUGGAGGUGGGAUCUGAAAAUGAGGUUUAUGAAGGAGCCUUACUUUAUCACUACACCUCCGAGCAGGUUGAAACGGAUCAGGUGAGCCUGUCAGAAUCUCCGAAGCUACUAGAAACCGUGCGCUUUCCCCUAAUGGAGUUGUCGGUUCUACAGAGACUACAUGAUAAACUGGGGCCAUGUCCUCUGAAAGUCACUGUAUCCAAUGCUCUGGAAUAUCAUAAGAAUGAAAUUAUGCAGCCAGUGCUUCAGGGGCCCCACACACAAUUGCGUUCCGAGUUCAACUGCGUGGUCGGCUUUGGUGGAAUGUACUCUGCCCCUUAUACAGUACUCAGUGAUCAGGCCAAAUAUUUGAAUCCUUUAACUGGCGAGUGGAGGCCACUAACAGCACCUCAAGCGCCUCGCAUGUCUAAUCAAGGCAUCGCAGUGCUCAAUAACUUUGUCUACUUGAUUGGGGGUGACAACAACGUGAGGGGAUACCGCGCUGAAGCACGAUGCUGGAGGUAUGACCCCCGACACAACCGCUGGUUCCAGAUCCAGUCGAUGCAGCAGCCCCGUGCUGAUCUGUCUGUCUGUGUUUUGGGGGAGUUUCUGUAUGCAGUGGCGGGCAGGGAUUAUCACGAUGAGCUUAAGGAAGUGGAGAGGUAUGAUCCGUAUACCAACUCGUGGGAAUAUGUGGCACCACUUCAGAAACAGGUACAUGCGCAUGCCGGGUCAGCUUUGGAUGGUAAAAUGUACAUUUCUUGUGGAAGAAGGGGAAAUACUUAUCUGAAGGAAACUAGCUGUUAUGACCCAGGGAAGGAUGAGUGGACACAUGUAGCCUUGGGGCCGGUGAGAAGAGCUUGGCACGGUAUGGUGGCACUUCUGGAGAAACUUUAUGUCAUAGGAGGAAGCAAUGAUGAUGAGGGCUUUCGACAAGAUAUCUUGGAGGUGGCUUGUUAUAGCCCAAAGACUGACCAGUGGUCGCUAAUGAGCCCUGUUCCUGCAGGGCACGGAGAACCUGGCCUUGCAGUUCUAGACAGCAAAAUGUAUGUCCUAGGAGGCAGAUCUCACAACCAAGGAGAGCGCAUGGAUUAUGUACAUAUCUACAAUGCAGAAAAGGACUUAUGGGAGGAAGGACCUCAGCUGGAGGAUGAUAUUUCUGGCAUGGCAGCGUGUGUCUUGACUCUCCCCAGAUCUGUACUCAUAGAUACCGAUGUCUGGACGCAGGAGAUGUACAUGCAAUACAUGCAGCAUGCGCUUGACAAUGCAUCUGAAGGUAACAGUGCGUCUGACUGGGAGGACUUGGACAAUUCUGGGGAAGACUGACAUCUCCUGGUAACACUGGUUUCUGAGCAUGUGAUCAGUGCAUCCUGCCACUAUGUACAAGAUAAGUGCAAUCUUCAUGCCUGCCCUUUAAGAAUUUAUCUUACCCCUCUUUGAUACCUCACUCCAUAUUUUUUCAUGAUUAUGCAAAUCAUUCACUUUGUGGAGAAUCUUACUGUACAAAUAAUUGAGUAAAAGUCAAUUCUGUUUUUACGAGUGUACAGUGCCAUUUUCCCACAGUCAUGCUUUCUUGUUUUUCUCUGCCUGGAAUUCAGCUAUUUAUUCAUGUUCCAUAUUCCUAACGCCAUGCUAAAAAACAACUUCCUGCAGACCGAUUCUUACACCUUGUACUCUGACCUUAAGAACAAAAAGCUCUUGCAUAAUGUUUAAGAAAAAAGUGCCAAAUGCAAACAAGGAAAUGCAAUGUUAAUUGCUUUAACUUUCUGGCAUUACUAACAAGUGUCCCGUUUGUUGCACAGUGUAGUGUGCAUUGCAGAGGUAAAAUGGAUUUAAGAAUGUUGUCUAUAAUAACCCCACAUGAACAGUCUCUUGCAGUCAUCACACACAACCUGAUUGUUCUAGAGCCACACAUAAAAUGCAAUAAUGGUUGUACUGUAUUUGAUGCAUGCAGUUCAACAGUCCUACACGUAACAUACAUGUGCAGUAGCUACAUACAUGCAGUUGCACACAUAAUAAUACAGCCUCAAACAUAUAGUUAUACUGAUGCCUAAAUAAAGUUCUCCUUGACCAUGUUGUUAAAGCUAGGCACCCAUCUGCCUUUUUAUAAAUACAAUUUUCACAUUAAUACACUUAUAAACAUAAUACUUGUACACAUUGUGCGUUCCCCACCAAAAUUAUUGUAGUGUUUGUGUGGGGAACCUGCUUAGUUGCCCUCGCUGUACAGCCCACUAGGGCACGGUUUAUUUUUGUUUAAUUUUUAAAUAAAGAUUUGUUUUUCUUCUC